ACAGAGGAUGUGGUCUGGGUAGGAAAUGACACAUAAUUCUGUUACUUCCUCUGAAUUCACCUUCUUGUGCUUCACAUCUCACAUCUCACAUCUCACAGCCGUUCCCUCCUAAACCCUCAACAACACUUUGCUACAAACCCUACUGCUGAGCUGCGUGUCCUUUAUCCCUGCCCAGAACAUGCAGUCUCUGCUGCUGCUGUUUGUCACCCAGCUACUAAUCCAAGGUCCACUUCCCACCCACUGUGUAACAGAAUCCACACUCUCCUCUUCAUGGACAGAGACUCUGGCAACAUCAGAACCAACUUUAUCAAAUGGAUCAGAACCUAAUGUACAAGAGAAUGUUCCCGUGAGUGAGACUCUGACAACAUCAGAACCAACUUUAUCAAAUGGAUCAGAACCUAAUGUACAAGAGAAUGUUCCCGUGAGUGAGAAUAAGGAAAACUCAUCCAUUGGAUCAGAGAAUGUAACAGCUGGAACCCAACCACAGGAUCCUGUAGCAGAAGGUGUCACAACAACCGAGCCAAGGAUUGGUGUUACUGACCUUACAAAUGAAGGUGUCACAACAAAACAGCCAAGAACUAUGAAAACGAAUCCUACCAGUAAAGAUACAAGAAGACAAAAGGGCCAUGAUAAGACGCUAUUCACUUAUGAUUAUUACUCCCUCAGGCAGUGGGGGCUGGUGUGUGCCCUCAUCCUCUUUGUUCUUGGGAUCCUGGUACUAGUGAGUGAUAAAUGUCCUCGAUGUUCCUGCAGAAGGAGGCAAAAACGGAAAUACAAUGUCACAUUUGAAUAGAAUCCCGAUCGAGUUUGUUAAAAUGAACAUGAAAGCACAGAUUGGUUUGCUGUAACAUCUGUAUCUGUACAAUAAAACUGUCACUUUAAGGCUG